AUGCCAUCGAUAUUGCCUACACAGAUAAGUGAACCGCCUCAGAGGAAAUUCUUUAGCAAAAUCACAUCCACAAAAAACCAUACCCGUCAUUUCAUGUCUGACAACAACGACGCUACAUAUGACAAAAUACCUCUAGACACUCAUACAACAACCCAUCGACAUCAUACAGCGGUCUCUACAGCAUUACAGCACCAUGUAUCCCUAUCAGACAACUCCAAAUUUCUGCUGUGCUGCUUCAUGUGGUACAUUUGCUCUUCAUUGUCAAGCAACACAGCUAAACAGAUUAUGAACACCUUCAAGUAUCCCGUAACCUUGACUUUUGUACAGUUCCUCAUGGUCUCCUGCUGGUGUGCCUUGAUGGAGAGAGUCUUCAAGUCAUCCGGCAUCAAGAAACCCACCAAAGUCAUUAUACAGACGAUUGUUCCAUUGUCGUCGUUUAUGAUUGUGGGCCAUGUGUUUUCCAGUAUCAGUAUCAGCCGAAUUCCAGUGAGCUUAGUGCAUACGAUCAAGGCAUUAGCGCCUUUAUUCACCGUGCUGUUUUAUCGAUUUAUCUUUAAUGUGCACUAUUCAUCGCAGGUAUACACAGCCCUGAUUCCACUGACGAUGGGCGUUAUUUUGGCAUGUUCGUUUACCUUCUCCAACAACCUCAUUGGGUUGGGAUGCGCCUUUUGCUCAUGUCUUGUGUUUGUGAUGCAAAACAUCUUUAACAAAAAGCUGCUGUUCAAGGAAUCCAAGAUGGGCGAGCACAACCCCAACAAGCUGGACAAGAUGAACAUGAUGUUCUACUCGGGCUUUAUUGCGUUUGUGUUGAUGAUCCCCAUGUGGUUUUAUUACGACGGCUAUCUGUUCCUGAUCUACAGCGAAUCUGUGCAAUUGGACGUGAGCAAGACACGAUUGCUGAUCUACUUUUUGUUGAAUGGUACAACGCACUUUGCACAGAGUUGGUUUGCAUUUACGACAUUAGGCAUGUCUUCACCUGUUACGUAUUCAAUUGCAUCUUUGGUGAAACGUAUCUUUGUUAUUGUCAUGAGUAUAAUUUGGUUUGGACAACAAGUGAGUUUUAGUCAGACAUUGGGCAUCGCAUUAACGUUCAUUGGGCUCUGGAUGUACCAAAAGGCCAAGCGAGAGAUCGACCAAGGCGAGACAAAGGCCAAUGAAAAUUCGAUUCAGGUGCUGCCCACAAGUAACCUAGAGACGAGCGAGCAUCCAGGCAGCAACAGCAUCAAGAAAUGGAUCGAUAAUCGACUGAAUAAUGAAAAAAUCUUGUAA